AUGGAACAGAAACUGCUCGAUUCGGCAAAAGGGCAGUUGGCUUUGCUUGACACUACCAUACAUGAAGUCAAGCAGUUCACCCAAGCUCUACAGUUGAAAUCUAGAUCGACAUCUGGCUUACCAACUUUCUUACGCACAUUGGAACGGGAAAAUGCAACAUUAUCCAACCUUGUCACUGAAUUAACAGUCUCAAGUACAAGUCUUGAUGAUUUGCAACGCACAAAACGAGAACAGAAGCUUGAUGCGAGUGCCACCACAACAACACAGAGCAUUGCUCAGUGGAACCGUCUCAAGAAAAGCCAUAGCUUUGUUGCUAUAAAUCAGUCCUUUCAGGGCUCGUCAAAAGAUUUGCGAAAACGGGAGAUCCAAAAACGACAGGUCUCAGGGCAGGAGAAACACAAUCUGCACCGACUCCUAAAAGAACAAGCUCGCGUUGAGGUCGAUGUUGUUCAAGGAGGACGAGAAUGGGUUGCUGCUAAAGCUAUCUCUCGCGAUAGACUCGCUCGCCAGUUGAACGAUAGCGGAUGGGGAUGGGGUGACCAUGAACUCGGCGAUGAAGUCGACCGAGAUGAGUGGGAGGAUACCCCAUUGGCAAAAUACGUACAACGGCUGGUAAAUGCUGCACGAAUGAAUCGUCACGAAUACAGAUUCCCUCAGAUACGACUGGUUCUGACUGGUCUUAGUCGAGGUGAAAGGGAGCUUGACAUAGUCCUUGAUCAACUAGAACACAUUGAUCCACUGGUCAAAGUCAUCAUUGAAGAUCAGGAUAGCGACUUUGCCGCGGCAUCCCCCCCUCCGCUUAACGAAGCUAUUGACAAUCUGGUUGGCGAUGAGCUUGCAUCACUCACAUCCACCAUCAACCUUGAUCACACCAUCCUCAUCGAUCUUAUUUCCGACUUGACUCACCUCAGACUUGAACCCCAACCGUGGCAGUCGCGUACGACGCGUGCCCAGAUAGACGAAGAGAACGCUCAUGAAGGGGGUCUCAUGUCUCGUGUAUUGUACCCCGUGUUGACAGGCCGCAAGCUUGUAUGUACCCGUGAAGCAGCGGAUCAUUUUCACGAAGUACUACGAACUGUUGGCACCGAGACUGAGCGCGAGCGAGGGAGAUUAUUGGUUCCCUGGGGUGACGAUGUGAAAGGAACAUCAUCAGACCUCACGAGGCAGUGUUUUCAGCAGCUCACCAUUUACCCCUUACCACCUGAUAUUCAGAUACCUGUUUCCGUAAUCGACGAGGCAUGGGAUAUGCAAGCUAUUGACGGUGGUAUUUCCGACGGGUCCCUUCCUCAGGUCGCCCAUGACGUAGCUUUGAGUAGUGGCUUCAAGAGCUCUAAGUUGUCUAUCUUCAUGUACGGGUGGGCGGCUAGCUUGACUACUGUUACGAGCAACAAGGAAGUCCGAGGGCAAAUCCGAACUUGGGUGGAGGCGCAUCGCAAGAGUGAUGAAGAAACUGGGCCCCAAAUAUUUCGGUUAGAAGUGACGAGGAACCUAUUAGCCAAAGCUGCAAAGCCAAGAGAGGGAUGGCAAGAGAAGGAUGGGGCUGAUGGCGAUGAUGAUGAUGAAGCAUGA